UGCGCGGAAGCAGAGCUUCAUAUUGAGCACCUGCGCUUAAUAUAAUAUUUUAGUAUGCUAUUUAUAAAGAAAAAAAUUACAUUUUAGACUACAAGAGAAAUUAAAUAACAUGAAUAAAAAGUAGCCUAUUUCAACUGGAAACGGAGAAUUAAAGACCCAUUUAGCCUUUUUAGACUUCAUUCAGUGGCACCAACGCCUAUUUAGUCCAGCCUAUAUGGUGCUGACAUUGUCACAAACGGGAAUGAGCCUAAUUCUUCCCCGCCCAAAUUAUGGUUGAUUUGGGAAGUAUUUCCGCCUAGAAGGUGCUGUAGAGCAACCUACAGCCAGUAGUGGCCAGCAGCAAACAGCGGCUACAGCGGUGGAUGUAGGAUCAGAGUCGGGGCGAAUCGGGGAUCCACUGUCAGAGGGGAAGGGGAGCAGAGGGACUCUCUCAACACUCACUGAAUCAUGGCUACUGAAACAGUUUCACCGGCAUGCACUGGAUCCAGUUUGCUGCAACCCAUAAGCGAAAUAAUCAAUCUCCCUCUCGACCAGGUGAACUUUGUGGUGUGCCAGCUGUUUGCCUUGUUGACAGCCUUCGGGUUCCGUCUCUAUCUCCAUCCCAGUAAGACCAGUCCCUUUGUCAGACAUGUGGUGGCCACGCUACUGGGAUUCUACUUUGCUCUCUUCUGUUUCGGCUGGUAUGCUCUCCACUUUCUGGUUCAGAGUGGGCUCACCUAUGGCAUCAUGAUCCUAACAGGAGUGGAACACAUGCACAAAUACUGUUUGGUGGUGGCCCUGGGGUAUCUAAGCUUCUGCCAGAUCACGCGUGUGUACGUCUUCGACUAUGGCAUGUACUCUGCUGACUUCACAGGGCCUAUGAUGGUGAUAACACAGAAGAUCACCAGCUUGACGUUUGAAAUCCACGAUGGAAUGUGCCGGAAAGAGGAGCAGCUGACUCCAAAUCAGAAAAUCCUGGCUAUAAAGAGGAUGCCCAGUCUGCUGGAGUACUUCAGCUACAACUGUAACUUCAUGGGCAUCCUGGCCGGCCCCACCUGCUCCUACAACGAUUACAUCGCCUUCAUCGAGGGCACGCCCUGCCGUCGCCACGGAGACCAGCAGACAAAUGGGAAGGCCAACGGCAGGCACAAACAAACGGACCCCUCCCCGAACAUUGAAGUCGUCCGUAAACUGGCCACCUGUUUCUUCUCCCUCAUGGUUUUCCUGUCCGUGUGUAAAGUGUUCCCUGUGGAACGGAACAUCGACGACGACUUCAUCGCCAACACGCCCUUCUACGCCCAGGUGGUCUACCUCUACCUGUCCAUGCUGACCACCCGGCCCAAGUACUACUUCGUCUGGACACUGGCCGACGCCAUCAACAACGCAGCAGGCUUUGGGUUCAACGGAUACACCAGCGACGGCUCACCACGUUGGGAUCUCAUCUCCAAUCUGAGGAUAGCGGAUAUUGAGUUUGCCACCAGCUUUAAGAUGUUCCUCGACAACUGGAAUAUACAGACGGCACAUUGGCUCAAAAGGGUGUGUUACGAGCGCUGUCCCUACAACCCCACGGCGGCUACCUUCAUCCUGUCGGCCAUGUGGCACGGAGCCUAUCCUGGAUACUACCUCACCUUCCUCACCGGCAUUGUGGUCACACUGGCUGCACGCGCCAUGAGACACAACGUGAGGCCACACUUCCUGGGCUCGCCGUCACACAAGCUAGUGUAUGAUGUGAUCACGUGGGCGGGCACCCAGAUUGCCAUUUGUUACACCGUGGUGCCUUUUGUGCUGCUGUCUGUCGGGCCCUCGAUGAAGUUCUACAGGUCCUGGUACUUCAGCGUCCACAUCGGCUGUGUUCUCCUGGCCGUAGCCCUGCCAGUCAAGCCCCGACACAUGCGCCUGAAAGAGCAGCAGAAAGGCCUGCAUCUGGCCCCCAUCCUCUCCCACCUGGACUCCACCUCCACAGACAGCAACUGCAACCAGAAGACCAAGGCCACAUGAAAGCAGAACCAGACCAGCUAACGGUGCACACACAGAGAGACUAGCGCCGAGGACUGCAGGGGACUGUCCAACACUGUAUUAAAUCCACGUAUAAAGAGAGAGAGCGAGGUGGACAGAGGAGUAGAUUCUAACAAACCUGCCUCUGUUUGUCUGUGUUUUGGAGUGGGAUGAUGAUUCUCAUUCAGUCACAUGGCACUGAGACUGAGCAGCAACCACACCAUGGAGGGAUGGAUGUAUGGCUUUGGGAUAUGUCCAAAAUGGCACCCUAUUCCCUAUUUAGUGCACCUCAAAGGGAAUAGGGUGCCAUUUGGGAUGCAACUCUACUGUAUUAUGAUGAUUUGUGUCUGGGGUGGAGUGGGAUGGAUGGGUCCCGAUGAUGAAAUGCCAGUAUUGUACUAUUACUGUAUUAUAGGAGUAUGCAGACUUGCCUUAUACCCUUUGUCUCUUUCUCCACAAUCUUUUUUUUUUCUUUUUAGCUUUUGUAUAUCCUUCUCACAUUGGAUAUUGUCUGGGCUGUGUUUCUCACUUGAGGUGAACAGGUUUUAGUAUCAGGUGGGCGAGUUUGAAGUGUUCUCUCAGUUAACGGUGACAAAUGAGUGUUUUAGUCCUGGUGAAAAGCAAAUGUAAGUUAACUUCUCUACGACACAGGAAGUUAGAAGAAUUAAAGCGAAGGAAAACAAGAUGGCAGUGUCCUCAAUGUCUUUGUACACGAUAUGAUUCAUAGUCUCAACAUGGAACGUGUCAGAAAUGUCACCCCUUUUCCCUACAUACAGUCGAACAGUUAUUUUGACCAAAGCCCUAAGGGCCCUGGUCAAAAGUAGUGCACUAUUUAGGGAAAUGGUGACAUCCAAGGACUUACUCCAGACUGUUUGCUUUCACUGAGUGAUGUAAUGGGCUGACUUCAAUUCCACCGCUGUUUUAUUCAGUCAAGUCAUUGUAUGCUUUUUACAUAACGGCAGCAAGAGCAGUUACUAACUUCUACUUAUUCAUGAUUUAUGUGUGUCAGUAGUGUGCGAGGCAAGACGGUCUAGUAUUUCCACGUGCAGAGGUCAAUGUUUGUCAUCUCAUGUACUUGUUAUUUAUGUGAUUCCAAUGGACUUGUGGUAUGUUCGACAAAGGUGAAAAGGUGGUGUUAAGGUAAGAAAAUCAACCUGACGUACUGUUAAGUUGGAGGUGAAAGGGACAACAUUACAGUAUUUAAUGAGCACUCCUCUUCUUCAGACAGUUCUGAUUCUAUUUUCAUUACAGGGGGAAGUGAGAACUAAACCUACUUCUUCUUGAGUCUGUUGUGAGUUAACUAUGGUAAUUGUGAGUAACCUUUGCUUGGGGCCCUGGAGAAAGGAGAAUGGUACGCUCGUCAUAACCCCUCAGCCAACCGCGCUACUUGUUCAUGUGGAUGGUUUGUUUUUGUAUAUGAUGUGAUUAAAAGAUUGAUCUUUUCGCAACU